UCUCUCCUCUUUCCCCACUUCAAACUCCACUCUCCAACCGUUGUCUGGAAAGACUUUUUUUUUGUUUUAUUCUUCAAUAACCUCUCCACCCCCUCCUCCUCUUCUUUUUUUUUUUUUAACCAGGCAGAGGGUGCAUUUAAUACAAACUCAUGUAUCCAUCUUUUUUUUCGCAAAUUCGUAUUGAUGGAAUAAAGUCAGCUUGAACUGUUCUGGAGUUUACACUUAAUUUAUUUUUUAUUAUUUAUUUUUUAUUAUUAUUUUUUUUUCUAGUGCUAUGGUCUGAUAUUUGGGAUUUGUUUAUUUAUUAUUUUUUUUUACAUUUUAUUUUUGGUGUGUGGGUGUCCUGCUUUGGAAAUCAGUACCCUUCUCAAUACUACUACAUAGGGAGCUUGCAGUCCCUUAUAAGAAAACGCGUGGCUCCUUUGUGCAUAGCUCCUGCUGAAUGAUGAUCAAUGCCCAAGCCUGUGGUUCUGUUCUUGGCAGUUUUUAAAGAAACAACACGACCCCCUGUUUUUUUCAGCACCAUCAACACCCUCCCGGACUUUAUCACAUCUCAAAGCCUGCUUUUGGGUGUCUUUGAUUAUAAAUGCACUCAGCUUCUGGAAGAUCCUGGUAUAACAAGCAAACACUUUAGAAUCCUCAUCAGUUCUGCAACUUGCACCUACAGCAUUUGCACCUGACACUAAGAAAAAAAACCAAACAAAGAUUCUUUGAAUGCUGAUUUUGUAAGAACUAGGCAAAACUGCAACUUGACAAAUUAAAACAUGGAUGUAAGGUUUUACCCAGCAGCUGCUGGCAAUGCCCUGCCUGCAGGAGAUGCAUCUACCCUGGACUUCUCCCAAUGUUUAGACUACUACAGCUACAAGUUUGGAAAUAAUAACAACUACAUGAAUAUGGCAGAAGCCAAUAACGCAUUUCUCGCUGCAAAUGAGAAGCAGCAGUGGGCGGACGAAUGCUUUAAGACAUUCCACACUCCAAGUCUUGGAGAUGAAGAGUUUGAGAUACCUCCAAUCACGCCACCACCAGAAACUGAUCCUGGACUUGGCAUGAAUGAUGUCCUACUGCCAUUUCAAAUGAUGGGGGAAGCACUGGCUGCUCAAGGAAAUGAAUACGCUCCCCAGUUUCCACCUCAGAGUCUUGACCUUCCUUCGAUUACUAUAUCUCGAAACAUGGUGGACCAGGAAGGAACAUUGCAUGGCAAUGUCUUAACAAUGGAACAAAGACAUGCCCAGAUGGCUCAGUAUCGACAAGAUCACUCCUUAAUUAUGAGAUCGCUGGUUCACAUGACUGAUGUGGCACGGGCGGGAAUAAUGUCUCCUAGUCAACUAACCACCAUAAACCAAUCUCAGCUCAGUGCUCAACUGGGACUCAAUAUCGGUGGCACCGUCAUCCCACAUACAUCUCCUUCUCCACCUGCAAGCAAGUCGGCGACACCAUCACCUUCUAGUUCCGUCAACGAAGAGGAUGCUGAUGAAACAAACAGAGUGAGUUUGACAAUCGGAGAGAAAAGAGCUGCACCAGACUCUGGCAAGAAACCAAAGACACCAAAGAAGAAGAAAAAGAAAGACCCCAAUGAACCUCAGAAGCCGGUUUCUGCCUACGCUUUGUUUUUUAGAGACACACAAGCAGCAAUCAAAGGCCAAAAUCCCAAUGCUACUUUUGGCGAGGUGUCGAAAAUUGUGGCCUCAAUGUGGGACGGUUUAGGAGAAGAACAAAAACAGGUAUAUAAAAGAAAAACAGAAGCUGCCAAGAAAGAAUAUCUGAAAGCUCUUGCAGCCUAUAGAGCAAGUCUAGUGUCUAAGGCUGCGGCAGAAUCUGCUGAAGCUCAGACAAUACGCUCCGUCCAGCAAACAUUGGCAUCUACCAACUUGUCCUCCAGCCUGCUGCUCAACAAUUCACUUUCCCAACAUACAUCUGUUUCAGUUGCUGCACAGAAUCUCCAGCAAUCUCUCCCAAGGGCGAUUGCACCCAAACCUUUAAACAUGAGGUUACCUUCAAGCCAGAUUGUCACAUCUGUUACUAUUUCACCCAACAUGCCAGGCAGCAUGGGAACACCUUUGAUGAGCUCCAUGGGUGCACCAAUGGUGGCCACACCACCCUCCUCUCAAGUGAGUCCAUCCAUGCAGACACAGCAGCAUCAGCUUCAGCAGUUACAGCAACAACAGCUUCAACAAAUGCAACAGCAGCAGCUCCACCAGCAUCAAAUGCACCAGCAGAUCCAGCAACAGAUGCAGCAGCAGCAUUUUCAACAUCACAUGCAGCAGCAGCUGCAGCAACAACAGCAGCAGCAAAUACAACAACAGCUUCAACACAUACACUUACAGCAGAUGCAGCAACAACAGUUGCAGCAGCAACAGAUGCAGCAAAUGCAGCAUCAGUCUCAAAUGUCUCCACAGCAACAAUCUCCUGCUACUUCUCAGUCUGGGGUACCUACCCAAAUAGCAUCACCAAUUCCCCAUAUUGGUAGCCCGCCCCCUGCAUCUCAACACCACCAACCAUUAUUACAGUCCCAGACACAGACUCAAGUGUUAUCUCAAGUCAGUAUUUUCUAACCAUCCGGUGGAUUCAUUGAAAAGUUAUUUCAUCUCUUUAAGGGAAGAAGUGUAUGUUGUAAAUUUGUCCGAGCAAGGUUAUGCAGCCUGUGCAUAAUGGACCAAGGGAUUCUCUUUAAGUGUCUAUUAGAUAGGCAAUAAAGGACUACGAUGUAUCUGUGUAUCAUAUUUUAGCAUCUUGUAAAUCCGCUCUCUGGAAAAGUAAAGAAAAGGUGACUUUUUUUUUUCCAUGUGUUGCCUUUUUAAUUUAUUGGACAUUUUCUUCCUAACAUAUGUGAAAUGAGUGGUCUAAUAAAGCCACCUGGAAAUCACUAAAAACCAUGGACCUUCUGCCCCAUGUCGGAUCCCCACUGUGCUUUCGAGGAUGCAUUGUAAGCAUUUGAAACUCUCAGACUUCUAAUAUGUUUGUUACUACCUGUAAAGUGAUAAAGUCACAAUCAUGCAAGUGCAUUUGUAAAACAUAUGUAGUUAAUGGCAUUUUUGUCAUAUGGUAUAAUGUAAAUCAAGGAUGUUUGCCAAAGUUUUUUUUUUUUUUUCCCUUUCUCUGAAUUUUUUUUGUAUGUCUAUGCUUAAAAAGAAACCUGGCUCAUUAGCUACCAAAUUUUAAGUUUCCAAUACACUGUAACAGUAUGUUGAUUGGUUCUGUGUCCCCGACAUAUACAUUCUGCAUAGAUAAAAA